GACCCCACUACCGGUCUACUUCUGCUCCACUAUAGUAUAAGCCUGCACCCUUGCACAUUUGCAGGUUCAGCAGCUUGCUGCUAGCUAGCAAGUUGUCCCAAGAUCCAAUCACGACCCCGUGCCAGUACCGUCCUCGUGAGGGAUGGACGCCAUGGCUACCACGUCCAGUGGCCACGGCGGCGGCGUCGGCGAGGAGGUGGCGCGGCUGUGGGCGGAGCUGCCGGUGCGGGUGGACUGGACCGCGGCGGCGGCGCAAUGCGCGGCGGUGUGGGCGCACGCGCGGGCGCUCGUGGUGGUGCCGGUGGUGCGGCUGCUGGUGUUCUUCUCGCUGGCCAUGACGGUGAUGAUACUGAUCGAGAAGCUGUUCGUCUGCGCCGUGUGCCUGGUUGUGAAGGUGUUCCGGCUGCAGCCGGAGCGGCGGUACCGGUGGGAGCCCAUCGCCGCGGCCGCCGGGGAUGUGGAGGCCGGCGGCGCGGCGCACCCCAUGGUGCUGGUGCAGAUCCCCAUGUACAACGAGCGGGAGGUGUACAAGCUGUCGAUCGGGGCGGCAUGUGCGCUGGAGUGGCCGUCCGACCGCGUCUUCAUACAGGUGCUGGACGACUCGACCGACCCCGUUGUAAAGGAUUUGGUGGAGAUGGAGUGCCAUAAAUGGAGGAGCAAAGGUAUCAACAUAAAGUACGAGGUCAGGGGGAACCGGAAGGGGUACAAGGCCGGCGCGCUCAAGGAAGGGUUGAAGCACGACUACGUGAAAGACUGCGAGUACAUUGCCAUGUUUGACGCAGACUUCCAGCCCGAAUCUGAUUUUCUCCUGAGGACAGUUCCGUUCCUUGUGCACAACCCGGAGAUCGCCCUCGUCCAGACUCGCUGGAAAUUUGUUAACGCUGACGAGUGCCUGCUGACAAGAUUCCAAGAAAUGUCGCUGGACUACCAUUUCAAGUUUGAACAAGAGGCGGGGUCGUCAGUAUACUCGUUCUUUGGCUUCAAUGGAACAGCUGGUGUCUGGAGGAUUUCAGCGAUCGAUGAUGCCGGGGGCUGGAAGGACCGGACAACAGUGGAGGAUAUGGACCUGGCUGUCCGCGCGACACUGCAGGGAUGGAAAUUCGUUUAUAUCGGUGACAUAAAAGUCAAGAGUGAGCUACCAAGCACAUUCAAGGCAUACCGGUUUCAGCAGCACAGGUGGUCAUGUGGACCGGCAAACCUGUUCAAGAAAAUGAUGGUAGAAAUUUUAUUAAACAAGAAAGUGUCAUUGUGGAAUAAAAUCCACCUAUGGUACGAUUUCUUCUUCGUCGGGAAGGUUGCUUCCCAUACAGUGACAUUCAUCUACUAUUGCUUUGCGAUCCCUGUGUCAGUUUUGUUCCCUGAGAUUCAAAUCCCUCUCUGGGGGGUGGUCUACGUUCCAACAGUUAUCACCCUCUUGAAGUCUCUUGGCACACCGAGUUCAUUUCACCUGGUGAUCCUCUGGGUCUUAUUUGAGAAUGUCAUGUCGUUGCACCGGAUAAAAGCUGCAGUAACUGGUUUUCUGGAGGCUGGACGAGUCAAUGAGUGGGUUGUCACCGAGAAGUUGGGCGACGCCAACAAGACAAAGACUAGCACCAACAGAUCAGAUGCUGUAAAAGUGAUAGAUGUAAAGCUAACAGAGCCCCUUGUACCGAAGCUUGUGAAGAGGCGAACAAGAUUCUGGGAGAGGUAUCACUGCUCAGAAAUUUUCGUUGGAACCUGCAUAAUUCUGUGUGGUUGCUAUGACGUGCUUUACUCAAAGAAGGGAUACUCCAUCUAUCUGUUCCUUCAAGGCAUGGCUUUCCUUGUUGUCGGUUUUGGGUAUGUCGGCUCACUACCUCCUCGCGCUGAAUAAGCUGUCAUCAAUGGAACUGACGCAUGUGCUUACAAGAAACUGAGUGCAAGCAAAGCCCCUCCUGCACACAUCGGCUUCAGAACAUAAUGAUCAUUGAGCAUUCGACGGGUCAAUCUUGGUGAGAUUUGACCUGGCCAUUCUUUACUGCCAAGAAGGCUAUUCAAAAUUUCAAAUAGCAACGCGGUUCUUUUGAUAAUAAGUGAUUACUGAAGCACCAUGAACAAAAAUGAUUGGUGCAGCCACAGUUCGUUUAGAUCCCGUAGAGAUGCACCCCACAGUUGUGCAAGAAUAACAGCAGUUGUAAAUGAAAAGCAUUCGUCGCCAAUUUCUGUAGAUCUCUAAACUGUAGCCAUUUUGCCACUGUACUUCUGUAGCUUAUUCGGAGUUCAGGCUCGUAACAGAAGAUCAUCAGUGCCCUCUGUUUAUUUACAUUUUAGGCUUAAUACUUGUAGAUGUAAACUGUUUAUGAACACCAAUAACUCUGUCAAAUUGGGGCAGAUAUUGAAAUGCACUAUACGUGUAACACGAAAAUUUUGUUUUGGAA